CAGUGAGAACGGCCGUAGCAACGGCUUCUGAGCUGUGAACACUGUGUCGGGCUGCGCGGAGGUGGGGUGAAGCCGGUGGUCCCGGCUCAGGGCGCCGAUUGGGGACAUGGCAUCCAACUACCACACAAGCUCAGACCAAUGGGAGAAAAGAGCAACAAAAAUUGAAUUGAAUGAAGCCCAGAAGCAAGAAAUUAAGGAGGCCUUUGAUUUAUUUGAUGUGGAUGGGUCUGGAACCAUAGAUGUAAAAGAACUGAAGAUUGCAAUGCAGGCCUUAGGAUUUGAACCAAGGAAAGAAGAAAUCAAACAAAUGAUAGCUGAGAUCAGCAAGGAAGGAAUCAGCACCAUUAGUUUUGAAGAUUUUCUUGCCCUAAUGAGUGUAAAAAUGACUGUUAAAGAUGAAAAAGAAGAAGUAUUGAAGGAUUUCAACUUUGAUGAUGACAAUACUGGCAACAUAACACUAAACAAUAUCAAAAGGGAAAAUUUAAUAGAUGAUGAACUUCAGGAAAUGUUUGAUGAAGCUGAUCAUGAUGGAGAUGGAGAAAUAAAUAAGGAAGAAUUUUUUAGAAUGAUGAAAAAGACCACUCUUAAUAGCUUUUUUGUUCCUUUUGGAAAGUUAACAAAUUUGUUCAGUUCUAUAAUAUGUAAAUGUAUUCAUUUAAAAUUUUUAGUUUAUGUGCACAAAUUGGUCUCUCGAUGUCUACUCCACAUAAGUUACAUGUUUCUACCAAUGUUAUUAAAUCUACAGCAUCAAGAAAGAAAAUGAUUUCCUUGAACCAUGAAUCCAAGAACAGUAUUAAUUCCAACUGCUGUUUAUAGAGCCUGAUGGUCCAAAGACGUUUUUUAAAUUUCAUGAAAUUGACCUCACAUCCAAAUGAUUUGGCAAACAAGCCAUUAUUCUCCCUAUUAUUUUCCUUUUGUGCAACACUUAAAAAAAAUGAUAAACAUUUUCUUUUUAAUCAGAUAUUCGGAUAUGAAAAGUAUUAAACUAUCUGGCAACUAUAUUAUUUGCUAAUUUUUAUAAAGAAAUUCAAAGAAGCACUUGUAUCAUCAAGAUUUUCCUGUAAGUUUGGCCCUAUAAGUUAACAUUUAUUUGAAAACCUCUGACCUAGGACAGGUGUUAGGGAUUUUACAUAUGCUAUCUCAGUUAAUAUAUCACAGCCUGCAAGCUGGUAGUAUUAGCUCUGUCUUACUACAUAUGAGAAAACCAAAGAGAACAUUAAAAGUUAAUUGCCUAUUAUAAAUAAAACAUGGAUUCUAAAUCUUGUAUGCUUUCCUAUAGAUAAAAACUCAAUUUAGUGUAUAUUUUCUAACUUGUUUAAUUCUGACUCUUUGUAACUUAACUUGGUUUUUUAUGAAAGAGCCAGACUUUUGGGAAAGGCAGUCUCCUGCAUGCAGUCUUGACCACCACUGGGCUGCAUAAGAAUGGGCCUUGAAAAACACUUCCUUAUCAGGAGACAGUCCUUAGAGUGUGUGCUAGACUUGUCACCUUGUCUGGAAAUAUUGUUCCCUGUUUCGGACUUAAUGUGUACUUCUUUGUUCUGCUUAAGUAUGGUGUCAUAUGGCACCUGACCAACCCCACUGCUAAAUCUGUCUCCUUUAGGGAGGGGAUAGGGGCCUUUUGCUGCACAAGAGGAGGGGUGUGUGCAGGCCAAUUGCCCUGUGUCAGCUUUUAGGAAGGACCUGCUGGCCAUGGGAAAAUCAUGUUCAAUUCCUGAAGCUGAUCUUGCUCUCUCUUCUCUAUAUAAGUAAAGCACUGUUUCAUCCAGUACUUGACUGCACUGUGUUUUCCUUGGCAAUUCUGACAUGGAGAUGCAGUGAGCAGAAGCACGCAGACUUCUGUUCUGCUCUUGUUCAUAGGCAACAGAUGCCACUUGCUGAUCGCAAACUCUUCCUAAACCUAGCACUCUGGAGCAAGAAAGGCUUCUAGAAAAUGUAACUUUGAUUGCCCCACCUGGUUGAUUUUCAGGUCAACUGAAAUAAAAACUGAAGUUUUUUGUUUUAUAAACACGAGAGGUUUUCACUAUUUGAUUGAAGUAGAAUGGCAUAUGCUCAUGAACAUUCAAGUGUUUCACAGUAUCUUUAAUUUCUAAUUAUGUAGCAUUUCCUUCUAGACUAAACAUGCUUUAUAUGUGAAAAUUACGGCCAUUAAGUUGUUAAAAGUGGGUAAUAGAAUAUACACAUAAAUUCAGAGUUCUAAAUAAAAGUGUCCCUGUUUGAGCUCCAGUUCUCCCCAUAGACAAUUAUUUUUGUUUCUUACGAAUCCUUGCAGAAGAUGCAUAUACAUAUGCACAUGCAUAUAGAUUUUUUCCACAAAUGAUAGCAUACUACUACAUAUAUUACAGAGAUUUUUUUCAUUUAAUUGAGAGUUCAGAAUAAUACAAAUAAAAUGAUUCACUCUAAUGGCUAUAUAAUGUUCCAUUGUAAAGAUUAUAUUUUGUUUGACAGUCUUCUUUUGCAGACAUUUAGUUUACUUCUAAUAUUUGCUUAGCAUAGUAUCCUUAUAUAUCUCUGUAUAGAUGUGAGUAUAGAAUUCUUAAAAGUGAAAUGGUUGGGUCAAAAGCAUUUCAAUUUAAACAUUUUUUACUUCAUAGAUUUUGCUUUCUAAAACGAUUUUAGCCAAAUUAUAUUCCCAAGAGUAUAUGAAAAUGUCCAUUCUUUGAUAAAGUAUUAUCAAACUUUGAUUUCUGCCAAUCUGACAAAUUAUGUCAUAUUGCAUUAUGUUUUAAUGUGCAUUUUUCUUAUGAGAGGCAUUGAGUAUCUUUUCAUAUUUAGGAUCUGUUUUUCCUUUAUAUUUAUGUCUAUUCAUGUCCUUUGCCUAGUUUUUGAUUGUUUGAAAAAUUUAUUGAUUUAUAUAGGAGGUCUUUAUAUACAAAGGAAGUUAAUCUUUGUCAUAUGUGCUGCAUGUAUUUUCCUGUUAUUUGAUUUUUAUUAUGAUUCACUUUAAAUUUUAAAAGUUUACUUCAUGAGAUGAUUUCUACAGAUGUUCAAACUAUGUAGUAAUAAGAUGGCAAUGAUCCAUCUUUAACAAUAUUUUCACAAUGACCAUAUUACUCCUACAAGACUGUAGUCUAACUCUUAAAAAGAGAGGGAUUCUUUAUCAGACCAUUGAGUUUUCUAUUUGAAAUAUAAUCAUCUUUACUUUUUAAUUGAUAUGAUCUGGGUUUAAUCCAAUGCUGGAGUAAGGGAGAGUUUAUGAGCAUUAGAUGUGCUUGAGUUUGCUAUGUUUAACUGAUAAACUCUUGUGUAUCCAACAAAAAUGCCUCAAAUUCUAAGAAUGGCUCUGGGAAUACUGAUAGAACAGGAAGACCCAGGACCAAGCUAGGAGUCUUGAAUGAUUCUGGGACAUAAUUCAGGCUUGUGUUACUGCCCUAGCAACAAUUAACUCCUGUAUGAUAAGGUGAAAUUUUGGGGAGUAUUUUUAUCUAAAAAUGUUUCUCUACUAAAAAAUACUUUUUUUUGAGAUAUUUUUUGUAAAAAAAAUGGAAAAUUGUAACUAUUUCAUGGUUCUACAAUCAGGUAAAGGCAGAUAAGGUAAGAUGAUGAGACUUUAUCUUACAUGUCAGAUAAGGUUUGAGGCAUUUUAGCCAAAGAUCUCAGAAUUCACCUGCUUUCAUCCCAGAACAAAUUCAAACUUAUCUAGUUAUCUACAUUUCCUUAAUUCUCCUUGGAGCAAAAUCAAAUCCAACAGUAUGUGGACAAUUUAAGAAGCUGUCAUGAAGGUGGUUGAAAUUAAGAAUGAUGCUUAUUGAACUAUAUGCACUAAAAGGGAAUUCAUUUCCAUCAAAUAACAUCAAAGUUUUUGGAUUGUCUAUUGUUAGGGGCUGUGAGAGAUACAAUACAGACUUACUGUCUCUAAGUUGGCUGGUAGUAGGCAAAGCCAAAGACUGAGUUCAUGUGGUAGGCAGCUUCUGAAAUGGCUCUCAAUGAUCCCAGUUUCCUGGUUUCAUUGCCCUCAUGUGUGAACUGGAUCUAGUUACUUGCUACUAAUGAAUAGAAUAUAGCAAAAGUGAUGAGAUCUCUCUUCUGAGAAUAGGUUAUAACAGACUGGCUUUCAUGUAUUAGCACUCUCUUCCCUUUUUGCUUGCUUUCUCUGAUGAAAUGAGCUGCUGUGUAUUGAUCUGCCCUAUGAAGAGGUCCACAUGGCACAGAACUGAGGGCAGCCUCGAGACAACAUCCAGUGAAGAAUUGAAGAUCUCAGUCCAUUGCCCACAAAGAACCAAAUCCUGUCAACAACCAUUUGGAUGAGCAUGGGAAUGGAUCCUUUUUAGUAAUAUUUGUUAAUAAUGUUAAAAUUUUAAUAUUUAAUAAUUUAAUAGUAUUUUAAUAAUUAAAAAAUAAUAACAUGUUGAAAUUGACCCUUGAGGUGGACUGCAGUUCCAGCUGACACUUUGAAUUCAACCAGUGAUAGACCCUGAAGCCAAGGGCUUGGUUAAGCCAUGUCUGGAUUCCUGAACUAUAGAAACUGUGAGACAAUAAAUGUUAUUUUA